GGCCACCUGCCUGGGAGGAGGCCAGAGGUCGUACUGGCUCCUUUAGGGACCUCAUCGGCUCCUCCCAGACAGCUGAUGCCUUCUUGUGACCAUAUUCCACCCCGCCCCGGUGCCUGCCUCACAGUGGUUGACACCUCCUGCACUACUUUUUGGAGGUGCCCUCUCUUGUCCUUCCAGGGGAAGGCAGAGGCCCAGAACUCUCUGAAAAAAUCCUUCGAAGCGUCAGGGGUAGCAGUGGGGUUGGGAAGAAAUAAGAAUGUCUAAGCCCCUGGAGGCCGAAAAGCAGAGUCUGGACUCCCCACCAGAGCACACAGACACCGAAAGAAAUGGACCGGACCUCAACCAUCAGAACCCCCAGAACAAGGCUUCCUCAUUCUCUGUGUCCCCAACUGGCCCUAGCACCAAGGUGGGCAUUCUCUCUGGCCUCCACUUAACAUUCUGGGGUCCCGGACCCUGCCUCUCUCCUCCCCAGAUCAAGGCUGAAGACCUCAGUGGUGACUCGGCCCAGGCAGCACCCCCGCCCCCCCAGCCGGCUCAGCCUCAUCUGCCCCAGGCCCAACUCAUGUUGACGGGCAGCCAGCUAGCUGGGCUCACAGCGCUGAUGCCCGCGCAGCAGCAGCUUCUCCUUCAGCAAGCCCAGGCCCAGCUGCUGGCCGCUGCCGUGCAGCAGUCCAGUGCCGCCGCCGCCGCCAACGCCGCCGCCGCCGCCGCCGCAGCCGCUGCCUCCUCCACCUCCUCUGCCUCCUCCUCUGUCUCCUCCUCUGCCUCGCAGCCCCCAGCCUCCUCUGGGGGAGGUGACCUGCCACCAUCACAGCCUGCCAGCCAGCCCCCAGGGACCCCACAGCUCACCUUGUCCCAACCCAUCCAGCUCACAGCACAGGACAUACAGCAACUCCUCCAGCUCCAACAGCUGGUGCUUGUCCCUGGCCACCACCUCCAGCCACCUGCUCAGUUCCUGCUGCCACAGGCCCAGCAGAGUCAGCCAGGCCUGCUACCGACGCCAAAUCUAUUCCAGCUACCUCAGCAAACCCAGGGAGCUCUCCUGACCUCCCAGCCCCGGGCUGGGCUUCCUGCACAGGCUGUGACUCGGCCCACGCUGCCCGACCCGCACCUCUCACACCCGCAGCCCCCAAAAUGCUUGGAACCGCCAUCCCACCCGGAGGAACCUAGUGACCUGGAGGAACUGGAACAAUUCGCUCGCACCUUCAAGCAACGCCGCAUCAAGCUGGGCUUCACGCAGGGUGAUGUGGGCCUGGCCAUGGGCAAGCUCUAUGGCAACGACUUCAGCCAGACGACCAUUUCCCGCUUCGAGGCCCUUAACCUGAGCUUCAAGAAUAUGUGCAAACUCAAGCCCCUCCUGGAGAAGUGGCUCAAUGACGCAGAAACUAUGUCUGUGGACUCAAGCCUACCCAGCCCCAACCAGCUGAGCAGCCCUAGCCUGGGUUUCGACGGGCUGCCGGGGCGGAGACGCAAGAAGAGAACCAGCAUCGAGACGAAUGUCCGCUUCGCCUUAGAGAAGAGUUUUCUAGCGAACCAGAAGCCUACCUCAGAGGAGAUCCUGCUGAUCGCAGAGCAGCUGCACAUGGAGAAGGAAGUGAUCCGCGUCUGGUUCUGCAACCGGCGCCAGAAGGAAAAACGCAUCAACCCCUGCAGCGCGGCCCCCAUGCUGCCCAGCCCGGGAAAGCCGACCAGCUACAGUCCUCACCUGGUCACACCCCAAGGGGGCGCAGGGACCUUACCAUUGUCCCAAGCUUCUAGCAGCCUGAGCACAACAGUUACUACCUUAUCCUCAGCUGUGGGAACGCUCCACCCCAGCCGGACAGCAGGAGGGGGUGGAGGUGGGGGCGGAGCGGCUCCCCCCCUCAAUUCCAUCCCCUCUGUCACUCCCCCACCCCCGGCCACCACCAACAGCACAAACCCGAGCCCUCAAGGCAGCCACUCGGCUAUCGGCUUGUCGGGCCUGAACCCCAGCACGGGAAGCACAAUGGUGGGGUUGAGCUCUGGGCUGAGUCCAGCCCUCAUGAGCAACAACCCUUUGGCCACCAUCCAAGCCCUGGCCUCUGGUGGAACCCUGCCCCUUACCAGCCUUGAUGGCAGCGGGAACCUGGUGCUGGGGGCAGCCGGUGCGGCCCCAGGGAGCCCCGGCCUAGUGACCUCGCCUCUCUUCCUGAACCACGCCGGGCUGCCCCUGCUCAGUGCCCCGCCAGGUGUGGGCCUGGUCUCAGCGGCGGCUGCAGCGGUGGCGGCCUCCAUCUCCAGCAAGUCUCCCGGCCUCUCCUCCUCUUCUUCGUCCUCAUCAUCCUCCACUUGCAGUGAAGUGGCAGCGGCAGCACAGACCCCUGGAGGCCCAGGGGGACCUGAGGCAGGGUCCAAGGCCGAGUGAGAGCCCACCACGCUUCCCUCCUGCUCCUCUGAGUCCCCCAACCUUGGUCCCCUGCCCAAGAAGGGGCCAGGCGGCUGGUGGGGGUGCAGCGGGUCCUCAGAGCAGGAGUAACAAAGGAGGAGAGACCAAAAAUCAACCAAAAAAAAAAAAAAAAAAAAAAGGAAAAAAAAAGAAAGAAACCAACAAAAGAGAAAACCAA